AUGCCUGCAAAUGUGCUGAAGAUUCUUCGAAAGAACAACGAUUUUCAGGAAGUGUUUGUAAGAGUUGGAGAGGAGUGGUCAGUAACUGAAGAGCUCUUUGGGAAGUUGGAAGCCUUUGUCUCUGCUCUCUAUGGUGCCAAGAAAGGUACGUCUGAUGUAUAUGAGCUUCGGUAUGCUAUUUUCUGUACCAAGAAAGGUGAGCAGAAAUCACACCAGCCACCUCGGUGCAGGGACUGCAUAAAAAAGCACCGCCAACGAGCUAAUUAUCAAGCUGCGGUCUGGAAGAACUCUCUUCGCAAUAAUGAAGUGCCAACUUCGGUGGGCAAAGGCUGGUUUCUCAAAACCGAUGCACACGGUGAAAGACUUGAAACCAACUGGAUGGAUGGCUCGCCUGCACCAAGAGCAGUGAUCGAGCUAAUAGCAUGCACUCACAAGAAAUCUUGCGAUGAAAUCACGCGUGAUUGCAUCCUUCAUGGCCUAAAGUGCUCAAGUUGA